AUGCCCACCCUAGCCGCGACUGCUGUCCACCACCUCGCCCACCAGCCCGACGAGGACUUCAUCAACAAGUCUCUCCUCGACUCUCUCGACGCUCAGGCCGACGCAGAGCCCAUUUCCUCCGGUGACGACUCAGACCAUCCAGUGGCCACUUCCUUCGGCUCAACAUCGAACUCAUCGUCGUCCGGCUCGCCCUCGGUCAACUUCCCCGCUGCCCACCACCACCAUAUCGUCCGUUCGGACUCUCCAGGUGACACCACCCCACACAAUUACCUUUCGCUGCACUCCCAGGAGCUCUUCAUGCACCAGGCAGGCUUGUACACGGGAAACAACCACGUCAACACCCUCCACAUGCACCCGGAUUUCUCUGACGAAUACGACCAUCCCAAGUUCCAUCCCCAGCAGCAGCUGCCGAACAAGCUCAACGGCUUCUCCAACUCAAACUACAGGGCCUUCAACUCCUUCCCCAACACGACUCGCUCCAGGCAUCAGGCCAAUCAGUCCGUCCUCAACCCCCCUACCACCUAUCGCGACACCGCCACUUUCUAUCCCACCCAGAAUCCCGAUGCCUUUCCAACCCAGAUGACCUCUCCAGUCCAAUCGCACAUGCAACCUUAUGACUCACGCGUCUCUUUCGACUACCCCAAUGGCCAGCCAAAUGGCACGCACAAAUCCUACCUUGCAGAUCAAUACGGAGGCCCGAACAACAACACCCUUCACAACGUCGGAAAGCCCAUUUCCCAACAGCAACCGAACCAGCAACCUCUUACAGCCUAUGGUGCCACACAAUAUAGCAAUGGCGUCCAGCUCUCCUCCCAAACGCCAUACGGCCCUCACGUCCUGACAAACGUCGCCAUGGGUGCGCCUUCCAAUUCUAGUGAGAUCUCGACCAUCUUCGUGGUGGGGUUCCCGGAAGACAUGCAGGAGCGCGAAUUCCAGAACAUGUUCACUUUCAGCCCAGGAUUCGAGGCUGCCACCUUGAAGAUCCCAAAUAAGGAAUAUACAGCUUACGGUGGUCUCGUUGGUGCCACUGCUGGUGCCACACUCGCAAAUGGCGUCAAUGGCUUGAGAGGACCGGGUUUCCAGACGUACGGCGGCUCGAACGACCCGUACAACAUCGUUACCGUCAACCAGGGGGGUGUAGUUGUUGAUGGUGGCCGAGAUGGAACUAUGGCGUCGUGGCCGGCAGCAAAUCCUCUCGUAAACGAAGACCUCACUCAGAACCAGCAUUUCCUCAGCUCCGGACCGUUGGGAAUCGGUGGACUGCCUGGUGUCGGCGUUGGAGCAGCUACAGGAGCGAAUCUGCCACCGAGGAAGCAGAUUAUUGGUUUUGCCAAGUUCCGGACGAGAGAUGAGGCGCUGGUCGCUCGAGACGUACUGCAAGGGAGGAGAGUGGAUAUUGAGAAAGGCGCCGUGUUGAAGGCGGAGAUGGCGAAGAAGAACUUGCACACGAAACGUGGAGUUGGCCCUAUCCCUGGUGUCAGUGCAGCGGGUGCGGCGGCAGCGGCGGCGGCAGCAGCCGCAAACCCCCUGCAAGCUCAGAAUUCGACGUCCUCGACGCCCAGGAACGGCAUUGGCCUGGACUCGUUCCCAUCACGCGAGCAUAGAGAUUCGACGAGCUUGCAAGGCUUCUCGCGGAUGGGAUGGCGAGAUUCUGCUGGCCAGGAGCAGCAGCCACAGCCAAAUGCCGAGGCCCACACCCUUGCUAACCUGACGAAUGGCAACGGUUCCGCCAGAGACGAGGAGGAGCGAAAGAGAGACAGUGAUGGACUUACCACGUCGCUCGGUGGCUUGUCACUUUCUGGCCCGCCUUCCUUGAGUCCCAUCGCUACUGGACCUGGGGCAAUCAUGAUGCAGAGAGGAGCACGAGAGAGAGCCGAGGAAGAAGAAUGGGAGAGGAGAAGGAAGGAGAAGGAGAUGAACUUGAUGCGUCUUCGCGCGAGGGAUUCUGCCACUUUUGAUGCGUUCCAUGGUGUUCCGUCUGUCAAUGGCGCCCCGGCGGCUGCUACCCCCACAUCUUCUUCGACUUCCGGCGCUCCGGCCUCUAUUCCGAUCUCCAGGCAGAGCUCGAACGCUAGUGCUAACCCGCCACCGAGCAGUGCGAGUAAUGCGAGCACGAACAGUGGCACGGGAGGUCUCUUGACGCCCUCGUCGACGGCUCCGACCACUGCCCCGGCGGAGAGCGUGGCCGGCUCCAGCCCCAUGAUCUCCUCUGCCGAGGCCCAACCACAGCAGCAGGAGGUAGUUGGACCGUGGGACCGUGUUAAUACUUCUCUUCCUGUCGGAUCAGGAUCCCAGCGCUCAAACUCCCCACCAGCCGCAAUUCAGGAGGCAUCUCAACGCAAAGCUGAGAGCGAGUCGAGUCAGACGAGCGCCAUCGGCAAUGGGAGCGCCAGCGGAAACGUCAACCCCCUCGGCCCUAUCGGUGCUGGUAGCGGCGGUAGCUCGAAUGCUGCGAACAGCGAGAUUAGUGCAACGGUUCGCACGUCCUCUGGCGAACUGGUCCUGAACAACCUCAGCAGCGUGAACAGCACGCACCAUCUGCACCAUCACCUCCAGCAGCUUCAGCAGCAGCAGGCGCACCCGCAGCAACCGUCGCUUGCUGGCACAAUUGGGACAUCGUUCGCUGCUGGCGCUGGUGCCAGCGGUGUGAUUGCGAACGCUGGAGGCCCUGGCUCGGCGAGUAGUGGAAGCAACGGCAAUGGCAACACCUCGCCGACGCUACCGUCGCCUGCGUCUGGGGGCAGCUCUGGGUCAGUCAGCACGACAAGCACGACAGGUAUGAGGGGGACAGUCGACCAGAAUCCACCUAUCAACACUCUUUAUGUCGGGAAUUUGCCGACGUCGCCGCCUCCGAUCGGAUACCCGCACGACUACCUCGAGGAGACGCUGCGAGAGGUCUUCUCAGUUCGCCCAGGCUACCGCAAGCUAUGUUUCAGGCAGAAGGCUGCAGGGCCGAUGUGUUUCGUCGAGUUUGAGGACGUGCACUAUGCCUCGAGAGCCAUGACAGAGAUGUCAGGCAACACACUGCGCGGAGCAGUAAAGAACGGGAUCAGGCUGUCAUACAGCAAGAACCCGCUUGGCUUUGAGGACGUGCACUAUGCCUCGAGAGCCAUGACAGAGAUGUCAGGCAACACACUGCGCGGAGCAGUAAAGAACGGGAUCAGGCUGUCAUACAGCAAGAACCCGCUUGGCGUGCGCACGCCUACAAGCGCGGGCAGUGGGAACGGCGGUCCGACCCUUCAGCAACAGCAGCAGCUCAUGCAGACACUGAGCAACCACCACUACGCUCACGCAUUUCAACAUGUUUUCAUCGUCAUCCAACAUCCCAUACACCCCAACCAACAUAUUAACGCAACAUCAACCCACAUUUUUUGCAAGUCGUCUCCACAUUCUCUCAUCCUCCUCGCACGCAUAUACGCACAACGUCCACGCACUGCACUCAAUCCUGCAAUAUAUCCUAUGUAUUAUUCCCUCCAUUUCGUCAUCCUCGCAUCAGUUUCCGCACCCACGUCCGCUGCCCAUGCCCAUGCCCAUCCAUUUCCAUUCUCUCAGUGA